AUGGCCAAGCUCUUGCAUGUGGCAGGUGCUAACAAGCAAGUAGGCACUGAGGGCAUCAAACUCUGGGAUACCAAAUCUCAAAAAGAACUCACAUGUUCAACUCUUAACCAUGAGUCAUGGGGAACAAUGCAGUUUCAGGAGACUUGUGCUAGGAGACUCGGAUUGGGAUUUGAAAUUACUUGCAUGUCAUGGGAUUUGAUGUUCCCAGAAGCAAGCUGUAUUUCAAUACAACUCAACAACAUGUUGAAUGGUGAUGAUGGUGCAGUGGUGAAGGAGUAUAGCUGUAAAUUGAAGAGGGGCAUGUUCAUGGUGGACAAUGCAGCUGAUGGUUUUAUGCUGUAUCAACUUGAUGGCGAUAAGGAGCCAGUUCAGACAUUUGUGACUGCUGCUCCAAGUGUGUCAGUGCCCAAGCAGGUGGCAUUUGGGGCAGAAGGAAGAUUAGUUGUGGGAGGAAGCAACAAUGGAUUGGUAUAUGUAUUCAAGAGGAAAUUAGGCCAGUUACUUGACACUCUUUACCACUCUGAUACUGGCCUGGUGCAGACCAUCACUUGCAUGUUAACACUCCUGGUUCAUUUAAGUGCCCUAGUGGUCACCAUCUCUUUUCUAAUAAAAAACUACUUUGACACAAUGGUGACAUGGUCUAUAGACCUUGCAGAGCAAAUGAGACCAGCCCAUGUGUUCACCUUUUUGGCUAACAACCUUCACCAAAGUGUGAAGGUAUUUCAGGAAGUACCAGAUAUCCAAGAGGAAUGCAUGCACAAAAAAAGUGACAUCUUGAUGUUGCAUGAACUAGCAGGAAAGCUCAUGGAAGUCAUUCAAGAAGUUAAAAGAGAUGUAGACAUGAAUCUUCAUUAUGCAACAGAACAUGACAACAUCGCUGCUGAAGCUAAAAGGGUCUUUCAUCAGGCAGUGCAGCCAGGACAGGAUAGCAUCAGAGGAAUUUGA